AUGGCGACUUCGAAAGCCUUGGGCGACCAACUGCUCACCAUCUCCUCACUCGCAGAGACCAUGACAGACCAGACAACGAAAGACCGGAUGAUCGAGUCCUGUAUGGAGUCUGCCAAGAAGCAGAUUUCGGGUCUCCGCCUCACGGAUUCAGCAGAAGUCCAGACACUGUUUGCUACGGUGCAGUCCUUGAACUUCAGCGACAGUCAGAAGGACGAGCUGAUGCGGCAGAUCGGUGAUCGUUUCAUGGCAUGCAGCACACCCAAAUCACAGGGCAGCAAGAAGUCCAUGCAGACCAUGGACGACCCGGGAUGUUUCCUCCGGGUCUCGGAUGUGACCUUCAUCUCGAACCCAGACCACACCAUUAAGGCCAAGGCAAGUCGGAUGGCCAUGCUGUUUUGCGGCAUCAACUGCAGCUGCCCCACGGAGCCUACUUCGGGCCGAGCUGUGGGAGUGCUCAACAACGACUUUGGUGUCAAGGAACUCGACGACCCUCAAGUGUUUUACAACACAGUUCAGGAUUUCAAAGCCGCCUUGAAGUCGCAGUUCAAGUCCAAUCCCAGUGGGUCGACGAGCCAUGUGCACAACUUCACGACACCGGCAGAUCUACCCUCCGAUGUGUAUGCGAGAGCAUAUGGUGAGGAAGGGCCGUCCGGACAUGCCGGCCUGGGUGGCUCCAUCGGUCCAGUUCGAAAGUCUUCUGCGAUGUUGAAGAGCCAGAACAACCAGAAGGUUCCUACUCUAGACCUUCAGGUGCCUUCGCAGAACAACAUGGCGAAUAUGAUGAUGCAAGGGUUCCAGAGCAUGCAGCACAUGUUCAAUGUCUUCGCAGGUGCACAGCAGGCUGGCAUGUCCGGCCAGCAGAACAUCUUCAUGAACAACACCAAGACGAACCCGCCGAAGCAAAUCCUCGCACUCACGAAUGGACCCGAUGCAGCAUCGAGUCCAGCACGUGCAGAGCCGGAGCGAGCUCAGCCGCCUAUGACUCCGGAAGAGCAGGUGAACACCAUGCUCUCCAGCUGGAAGAAUCGUCAAGAGGAGAACAAGAAGAGAGCCGAGGAUGGCAAGGCCGGUGAUCCGGAGGGUGGCAGCGAGAAGGCCGAGGAUGUGCAAAGUGCCGAUGGAAGCGAGGACCAAUUCCUGCACAGCUUGUGCAUUGCCCGAGUCAUGACAUCCAGCUCCAGCUCCAAACCUUUGGCAAGCCUGGGGAGGAAGGUGUUUGUAUCACAACGAGGUCUGGAAUCCGUGCUCAGCGAUUUGAAGAAGACCGGUUUCCUCGCCGACGAUUUUGCUACCACCUCGCGAGCCUCGGUUAAGCGAGCGAGGGAUGGUGAAGAGAAGUCGUGGGAGAAUGCCUUUGGGCAGAUGAUCAUUAACAUGGACAUCCCACAUGAGAGCGAUGACACGAAAUUUGUUAGGGUUCCCUUCGUGCCACCUGUUGUGCUGCUGCAGCACUGCAUCGCCAACGAGCACUACUCAAAAAGUGUGGCCAGUCCAGCCCUGGAGAAACUACAAGUCAUCUACUGGUCCAUCGUCCAACACGGGCAAGAUCUGGCCUCGGAGUGGCUUUGGUUCCCUUUGUGUAUACUGAGAAGCACUCUUUGCAAUCGGAUCGGCGGCCUCACUGUGCUUUGGAAACAUGCCAUCCAGCACAUGUUCAUGGAUCAUGACAUGAGGCAUGGUGUGGUGCUGCAGACAUCCACCACAGCAUUUCCCGUCUUUGCCGACCUCUCUGUUCUUAUAGCGGACGAGGCAGCCCUGAAACAAACAGCUGAAAGCAAAGGUUGGGGUGUUGCUAGGCCGCCUGGCUUUCCCGAGCAACAGAUACACGACUUCGUGCAAUCCUUCCAUUGGCCGGUGCAAUUCGCUGGUGCGGAUGCCAAGUCAGUUCUCGCCAAAAAGCGAGAGGACAAGACUGCCCCGGUGAAAGCAGAAGCCUCCGAGAGCAUUGCGAACUCUCUCGCUAAUUACGGGGCAGAGUACUGGGUUCCGAAGAACCACAUGACCAUGCACCUACCCGAAUUCUUGGCUCGGCACGGGAGGCUGCUCUCGUGCUUCGUGCACGAAAGGAAACACAAGCUGGUCAAGAGGUUCGCAAACAACAUGGAGGACACAUCCAGAUCAUACGAAGCUACCGUCCUUCGCGAGACCCUUGCAGCUCAGUUCCUUGCGAUGCAGGACGAACUCCUUCCAGGGGAUGUGCGACUCAUCGGCAAGAGACGGUGCACAAAGGCAAUGGCCAGCCUGAUCCGGGAUGUGUUCGGCAACUCCGACGGUGUGUUUCAAGCACAGGCAGCAUUGCAUGGCGGAGGAUUCCGGUGCUCCCAUGGAGAUGUCGUCAGAGCCAAGCAUGCACAGGAACACGUUGUCGGCAUGAUUCACUUUCAUGUUGAGGUUGACGGCCUGCCUCUCACAUGCAUGAGUCCAUGGAGCCAUGUGGCCGAUCACAUGUACCGUGUGAAGCACGAAAGUUUCUUCAUCAACACGGCAUGCAUUCUUUCGGCUUGCAUCUGGUCUCGCAAGGGCGACGAUGCCAUCGUGUUGUUGGAGUGA